GAGUUUGGGUAGCAUGGUUAGGUUAUGGUUGGACUCGAUGAUCUUUAAGGUCUUUUCCCACCUGAGCAAUUCUAUGAUUCUGUGUUGCCUGUUGCCACCAACUCCAGCAACCAGACUGGAUCCCAGGUUACUGUUUGUAGCAUUUUGUGCCUUUCAGUGUCAGUUUCCAUAAACCUUUUUGAACCCUUGGGCAUUCAGCAUUUUGGAAAAAAAUAAGCAGAAUAUCCUAAAGGGAAUUUUAAUGAAAAUGUCCUUGCAUAAUUUUCAGAGACAUGAAAGGUGUGCUGGGCUCCAAAGAAAGCCUGUAUGUGUUGGCCAGGUGUCAUUCAGGCCCAAAUUGUAGUUUCAGAGUUGAGAGGGACAUAUAAUAACGUUGUUGGAUGAGCAGCUCUGCCAGAGUCGCAAACAUUCUCUCAUCUGCCCUGUUUCUGUCAUUUAAGUGUCACUUCCAGCCCCCAAGCCUGUGGUGAUCUCCCUGCUGGAAGGAAGGGAUGACCCCUGGAUCCCAGAUGUGCACGCCUUGGGGGACAUGGCAGGAGAGCUCAGUGCAGGUGGUGGCAUCACAACUGUGAAGGAAGAUCUGCAGAAUAGUGGCACGGCCCAGAGGCAGUGUGUUAGCGUCUCUGUUGGAAAAACCAGGAAGGAUGUCCAAGGGGGUGUGGAGCAAGGAGGGCACGUCAAGAAGCCACUGGGAAACUGUCCAGGAAAGAGAGCGAGGAAACACCUAGACUGCAGCACAGGUCAGAAGCAGUGUAAAGACUCAGUGAGCAGGGAAGUGUGCCGUAAGAAAAGUCAAAAUCCAUGUGAUGGGAGUGAGAAAAGCUUUCAAACUUAUUCUGACUGUGUUAACCAGCAGCACAUCCACGCAGGAGACAGACACUUUAAAUGCCUUGAGUGUGACAAGAGCUACAUAAAAAGCUGCAACUUGCAUUUCCACCAAUGCGUCCACACACCGGAGAAACCUGACAAUUGCUCCGAGGGUGAGAAGAACUUCAGUUCAGAACUUCCUUCCCACCAGCGCACGCACUCGGAAGACAGACCCUACAAGUGUCAACAGUGUGGGAAGAGCUUCAAAAGCAGUUCUAAACUCCUCUCCCACCAGCACAUCCACACAGGAGAGAGACCCUUUAAGUGUCCUGAGUGUGGCAAGAGCUUCAAAAGCCGUUCUGACCUCAUCUACCACCAGCGCAUCCACACAGGGGAGAGAGCUUUUAAGUGCCCUGAGUGCCCAAAGAUCUUCAGAAGCAGUUCUGACCUUGCAAUCCACCAGCGCAUCCACACAGGCGACAAACCCUACAAGUGCCCUGUGUGUGAGAAGAGCUUCCGGCAGUGCUCCCACCUCAUGAUCCACCAGCGCAUCCACACAGGAGACAGACCCUACAAGUGCCCCGUUUGUGGGAAAGGCUACAAAAGCAGCUCUCAUUUGAAGAGCCACCAGCGCAUCCACACGGGAGAGAGACCGUUCAAGUGCCCUGUGUGUGGAAAGAGCUUCAAAAGCAGUUCCAACCUCAUCCGCCACCAGCACAUCCACACAGGAGAGAGACCCUUUAAAUGCCCAGAGUGUGAGGAGAGCUUCAAAAGCAGUUCUGACCUCAUCUACCACCAGAGCAUCCACACGGGAGAGAGACCCUAUAAGUGCCCCGAGUGUGGGAAGAGCUUCAGAAGGAGUUCCAACCUGACAAUUCACCAUCGCAUCCACACAGGAGAGAGACCUUUUAAGUGUCCGCAGUGUCCAAAGAGCUUUAAAAGCAGUUCCCACCUUAUCUACCACCAGCUCAUCCACACAGGAGAGAGAGCCUUUAAGUGUCCUGAGUGUUCAAAGAACUUCAAAAGCAGUUCCCACCUCAUCCGCCACCAGCGCAUCCACACAGGGGAGAAACCCUACAAGUGCCCUGAGUGUGGGGAGAGCUUCAAAAGCAGUCCCAGCCUCAGAGGUCAGCAGCACACCCGCACAGGAGAGAGACCUUGCGAGUACUCUGAGCGCGGGGAAGGCUUUAGAAGCCUCAACUCCCACAGGCACAUCCACAGAGGAGACAGAUGACAGAAGUGCCCUGGGUUUGUGAGAAGCUUCAGAAGCAGUUCCAGCCUCCUUACCUACCAGCGCGUCCACGCAAGAGAUAGAGCCUGCAAGUGCAACGAAUGUGAGAAGGUCUUCACCCCAACCUGGUUACCUGCUUGUGGGUUUGCAUGGUGAUGAACCUUCAGCAGAGGAAAAGCUCUGGAGACAAAGCAAAUCAUGUUCCUCGUUCCUUCCGGGGGAAUUGCCCAUAUUGCUCUCUUUCUGCUGGAGACAGGGCAAAGGAGAAUUCAGUGAUUAUGGCAGGUGGAUCAGAAGCACAUUUCUGCCAGGUCUGUGUGCGGGGAAUUGUCUGAGGAAGUCAUUUCUUUUCACCCCAGAGAAACUCAUCUGCUGUGGGUCAACAGAUGAGGAUCCAGACUAAACCUCAACUGGACCAAGAAUUCACUCUGCAGGGAGUGAAGGAAGAGCUUCAGCUGGAGCUUAACUUUUAGUAGACCCCAGUAAACCGACACAGGAGAGAGCCCCUAUGAGCACCUUGACUGCUGGAAGAAGUACAUCCAGAGCUGGGAGCUCAUCUCACACCAGUGGGUACCAGUUUGGAACACACCCCCUAUGAAUGUGCUGCCUGUGUUUGCCUGAGCCUGAAGCCGCCAGGGGAGGAUGGGAAGGAUGCCACCUGUGUGAGGUGCGAGCAGGUGGACGAGCUGCUCAGCCUGGUGGUGGAGCUUAGGGAGGAGGUAGAGAGAUUAAGAACCAUUAGAACCAUUAGAGAGUGUGAGAUAGACUGGUGGUGUGACUCUCUGCCGUGGUCAAACCGAGAGAGCCGACUUGAGAAGAGAGGAGGAAUGGCAGCGGGUCCCGCCUCAGCGUUGCAGGCAGCACCCAUCCCUACCUCGGUUCCUCAGGUGCCUCUAAGUAAUAGGUUUGAAGCCCUGAAACUGGAGGGUGAGGUGGCUGAGAAUGAGAUGGAGGGACAGCCUCCAAGCUUUUCUAAGGAGAGGCGGUCGGCUCCACGCUUGAAGACUGCCUCCUCCAGCAAAGAAAGAGGGUGAUAGUCGUAGGUGAUUCCCUUCUGAAAGGAACUGAGGGCCCUACCUCACCUGUAGAGAAGCGUGCUGCCUCCCUAGGGCACGGGUCAGGGGUAUCUCUAGAAAGCUUCCUGGGCUUAUUCGCCCAUCUGACUACUGUCCCUUAUUGGUAGUUCAAUCGGCAGUGAUGAUGCUGCUGAGGGCAGCCUGAGGGCUAUCAAAAAUGAUUUCAGGGGACUGGGGAGGAUACUUGAUGGAGCGGGCGUGCAGGUGGUUUUCUCUUCUAUCCCUUCAGUGGUGGGGAAGGACACUGAGAGGAUCAAAAAAACCCUCCUCAUAAAUAAAUGGCUUAGAGGUUGGUGCGGGCACAAGAAUUUUGGUUUUUUUGACCGUGGGGCAAUUUACUUGGCUCCUGGCAUGAUGGCUGCAGAUGGAACUCACCUGUCUGCAAGAGGUAAAAGGAUCCUAGCCCAGGAACUGGCGGGCCUCAUUGUGUUUAAACUAGGUAAGAAGGGGGAAGGGGACAAAAUGAGGGCUGCUGGGGUUGAGUGGGUAGUUCGAGGCUCAAAACAGAGCUUGAUGGGUGAUGAGGGUGGAGUUCAAAGGGAUGGAGAAUGGCAGGGGGAUGCUGCUUCCCUGAAGUCUGUAUGGAAAAUAAACAGUAUGGGAAAUAAACAGCAUGAGUGGGAGAUGCGUGUGCGGUCGCACGGCCACGAUCUCAUUGCAGUCACGGAGACGUGGUGGGAUGUAUGGUGGCAUGUUGUCAUGGAGGGCUGUGUGCUUUUUAGGAAAGAUCAGCUGGUGAGGCGGGGUGGUGGAGUUGCUCUUUAUUAUUUAGUUGCUAGAGCGUAUUGAACUCCACCUGGGGGACAGUGGUAGCAGUGCAGAGCUUGUGGGUGAGAAUCAAGGGGCGGGCUGGUAUGGCUGACGCUGUUGUGGGUGUGUACUGCAGGCUCCUGAUCAGGAGGAGGAGGUUGAUGAGGCCUUCCGUAAGCAACUGGAAGCAGCAUCACCAUCCCAGGCGCUGGUGCUUAUGGGGGACUUCAGUUAUCCAGAUAUUUGCUGGAUAAGCAGCACGGCCAGGCACGCGUGGUCCAGACGGUUCCUGCAAUGCGUUGAAGACAACUUUCUGACGCAGGUGGU